AUGAACUAGAAUCGAUCCUUUAACGAUCCCUACCCCUAAGAAAAUGAAGAGAGUUAGUUCAGUCGUCCUGAAGAUUAAGGUCUGUAAAAUUAAGAAACAACUAAUGAGAAUCCCGAUUAGGAAAACAACAUUACCAAUAAUGAAUAAAAAUAAGUAUCAACCUAAGAAGCGGAAUCGACGUAAACGAAAGAUGAAGAUGUUGGUAAAGAUUAAAAUAAUGAGUUUAGUUCAAAUAACCUAACUUAUGAACAGAAAAGCAAUUCAAUUAAGACAAGAUAUGAAAACUUGUAACAAGAAUAUGAAGAAAUAGAAAUUCACAAUUUUCUUCAAAUUGCUUUGGUAAAUAUUAAAAAAAAAGGAGAAGGAAAUCCUAAUAAGAUAUAUAAGCUAGGAAAAGAAAAUAGGCUUAAUAACCAUAGAUACUCAUCAAAAAGUAAGCCUAAUGUAGGAGGAUAUUGGAAGUAAUUAAGUAACAAAAUUAUAUAGAAUUAUCAUUCAAUCUAAUUAAAGUUAACGAGAUGUUAAAGGAAUUACAAAUUUAAUACUAAUUUUCAAGAAUCUUUUAAUAUGAUGAAUAGAUGAAAAAAUAAAUAUAAAGUAUAACUUAAGAAUUGAAAAACAAAUUGGAGAAUUCAAAUAUUGCAAAGGAAAGUAUUGAAGAAGUAAUGACAAAUGUGGAGGAAUUAAUCAAGCUGAGUGAUGAAAUUCUAGUAAGAAAAGAUAAAAAUGAACAAAAAAACAUUUUCAGCUUUAGAAAAAAAGAUUUCAACAAGCUUUGGGGUUAAAUGGAAUCUCAAUUUUUAGAAUUAAAAUCAGAAUUAAAUGAUGUGAAUAAGUGUCAUGGACUUUUUGAAAAAAUACUUGACAGUUCUUAAAGUAAUCAGGAGGAAAGUAAUUACAAAAAAAGGAAAAGAGUGAUUAAAAAAAUCAAAAAAUAAACUCUAAAAUUAAUUAAUGAAAAAGAGGAUGCUAGUAUCAAAAAUCAAGAUAGAUUGUAAAUUACGUAAGGAUAAUUUAAUAAACAAAAAUAAAGUUAAAUUAAAUGUAAUGGAGAAUAAAAGGAAAAUAAAUAAGAUAACUAAGUAAGUAAAUGCUUGAAAAGUGAAGAAAAUUUCUUCUCCGAAUCAAGUUAAUAACAAUUAAUCGGAGAGGAGUAAUUAGAUGACUAUUAGGAUACUCCUUCUAAUAUAUUCCAAAUUAAAAAAAAGACUAAUACAUUAGAAGAUUAAUAGAACGUUUCUUUAUGUAAAAUAGUUAACAUAACUUUAGCUGAAUUAGACCGAGAACUAUAUUUUGAAAAUGGAUAACAAUUCAUUUAACAUGGGCAAAUGGAAAUAGAAUAUGAAGGAAAAAAUAAUUUUGAAAAAGAAAAGAAAGGAAAGGAAAGAAAUGAUAGGAAAGAAAGGAAAGUAAAGUAAAGAAAAAUAAAGAAAUAAAAGAAAAGAAAUUAAAAAUCAAAUCCAUAUUAGAACUAUAAAAUUAAUUAGAGAAAUUCCAGCAAAAAAGAUUGCAAAAUGAAGAAUGAGAAAUGA